CGCAGUAGGUAAGUUAUGGAUCGAAAGUCGUCUUAUUUAGCUUUUGAGAUGGAAGAGAACGGUUCUCAGCCCCGUAAGCUAUGCUGUACGCAGUGUGACGGCAGUGACAAGAAGGGUGCAACCGCCGCCGCCGGAAGUUGUGCCGAGUGCUCCCGGUUCCUCUGCAAGUCCUGCCUGCCGGGGCACGGUACCAGCUUCCCGCACCACAGCGUCUUCCCCCUGCCCCCUCAGGGGGGUUACAGCCAACCCCUCACCAACCAGAUCUGUCGCUACCACAAGGCGACCCCCCUAAGCUUCUACUGUAACAACUGCGACCGGCCGAUCUGCUUCAAGUGCGCGGCGGAACACCACUGGAAGCACCAGUGCGUGCAGUCGGACCAGGCCGCCAUCGCGGAGAGAGCGUCUCUGGCGACCAGCCUGGCCCUGGCGAAGCACAAGAGCCAGGAGUUCGCCAAAGCGCGAACUUCGGUCAGCGGGAUGGUCCGGGCCGUCCAGGACUGCUACAAGAAGACGCUCUUGGAUAUCUACGAAGCAGGAAACGACUACAAGAAAGCCAUCGACCAGCGAGUCCGCGCUCUGGAGGAGGAGCUAACCAUGGGGUACUACGCUCAGCAGCUGUCACUCGCUAAGACGAGAGAGGAGUUUGAUGGACAGCUGUCAGUUAUCCAGCACAGAGAGGCGCUGUUCCAGCACGUGCUGCAGUCCGGCAGUAACGUGGAGCUUCUGUCGCACAAGAAGGAAAUUUCAACACAGGUAGAGCAACUGGAGGCCAUGAAACCACAUACCUGUUUCAAGGAGGACAGGUUUUUGAAGUUUUCGGUGGCCGACAAGAGCAAGGUGGAAGACUUCUUGGUGGAAAACUUUGGGAACCUGAAGGCGUGUCACCUGGCUGAUCACCUGUCCGCAGACGCUACUUCUCAAGAUCUGAAGCCGGCCAGAAGCGAGAGUUCCAUCUCCAGUGAACACGUGAUCAGCAGAGACAUCGAAGUGUCGUCUGACAUUCCCCACGUGACGUCAGCCGGCGGCGACGCGCCUCGUAGCAACGCAGACGACUUUAUCCCCGGCGGGAUCACCAUGUCGACGGCACGACCGACAGAGGAGGUCGUCAGGGAGACGAAGUCGGACUCGGAGAUUCUGGGGAAUGGCGUUGCCAUGGCGACGCAGGUGUCCCCGCAGGUGUGGGGGUACAGGGGUGGUGGGGGAAAGGUGACGUCAUCGGUCUGGCACCCCCAGUCUGCUCCGGACCUGAGUCAACUCUUCACAGGUGCGCCCACCACAACAGGACCGGUGUGGAGCCAUGGGGGGACACAGAGUGGUUUCUCCGGCGGCAGCAACGCCAGUCUGUCGGCCUGGGAGCACGCCGUCAACGCGCAGCAAGUUGCAGCGACCGGCAGGAGCGGCGGAGGGUUCUCUCCUUCCAUGCCUACUGGAGUCGCCUCUGCACUGAAACAGAUUCUAGACGACAGUGACGAGGCAGCUGAAGACGAAGACAUUACGUUCACGUACGCGCCCUACCCCACCCCUCCCCACCCAACACAACAGGUCUGGAGGCCGAAUCAACAGUACUACGAGGACGACAUGGCCAGGCAUAAGGUUGCGAUCGACCUGAAGUUCGGGAAGUGGGGAGACAUGGAGGGGUACUUCCGGAAACCCAGCGGCAUCUCCGUAGACAGCAGGGGACAGCUGCACGUGGUGGACGUGGACAACUCCCGCGUGCAGAUCUUCGACAGCGAGGGGAACUUCCUGAGGGUUCUGCAGCCUCAGGACGAGGAGGCGGACCGACUGCAGGCACCAUGCUGCAUUCAUGUGUCUCAGUACGACAGGUAUUAUUACCAUCUUCCUUCUUUCCGUUCUUCCAUGUAUCGUUCGUUCCAUCCUUCUUUUCUUUUUCUUUCUUCCUUCCUUCCUAGGCAUAGAAAAUGUUGUCUUCUAUGCUUUUAUUACCAGUACAUCGGCCGGCUGGACCGCUCCAUAGAGUGCCCGCAUCUGAAGAGCCCGAACGGCCUGGCUCUGACGUCAGACGGCGUCAUCGUGGUCAGCGACUUCUGGAGCCCUGGUGCUGUUCUGCUGAGUCACGACGGCAGGUACCUGGGACAGGUGGGGAACGUGCCGUCCUGUCGUCACCCCAUCUCUGUAGCAGUCAUUCCCUCUCCGGACCGCAUCCUCAUAGGUGAUGUGACCGGCAGUAAGGGGCACCCGUCUCCCCUGCACCUGACGUUGUUCUCCGUCCAGGGGGACCCCCUGGCGGGGAUAGAGACCAUGACCCCCCACCCCCUGGUGCGCGGCCUGAUCCUGACCCAGGGGGGACACGCCCUCUUCACGGACUGCGCUCUACACGUGGUCGUGCGCUUCGAUUACCUCAAGAUAUUCGGUGAGGAGCGAUAUCUGCAAUAAGUGAAAAACUUAUGUUUGCGUUGACAACUCCGAAGAAUAUCACUGUUGUGAUAAUCCUACUGUGGCCAAAUAAGUAGAAAUUGGCGUUUUUUUAAGGAAAUUUUAUCACAAGUUCAUUAUGAACUUCCUCGAGUCUCACCAUUUCACCGGGUGCCACAAUACCGCCACAUCAAAAUAUGUUAUAGAGGCUACCUCAAGAUUUUCGGAGAGGAACGGUAUCUACAGUGAAGUGAAAAACUUAUAUGUCUGUGAUGACAACUACGAAGAAGGUUUCUGUUAUGAUAGAGUAUACCUGUGGCCAUAUAAGUAACAAUAAGCUAAAUCUUUUAAAGAUUUCAUUAUGAGUUCAUAAUGAACUUUACACAAUUCUAUCGGGUGCCAUGAUACUGCACAUUAAAAAAAAAGCUAUGGAGACCUUCUCAAAAUUGUCUUAAACACCUAAAUAUCUGAAGUGUUCAUACUUCAGUACAACUGAUGCUGAUGUCUUUAAAUCACUUGACAUUCGUGUACCUUUUCUCACACGGCGUUUUUUGUGGCAUUCGAUGUAUGAUGAUGAUGUAUGUAUGAUAAUUUACGUUACGUCAAUACCAUCUGCAAUGAAGUGUAAAACUGACAAACGCACAGUUCUUAUGUCAGACUGUUCUCCAAAAUCCCUAACAGACUCUAUUGAAGACAAAAAUAUGACGAAAUGGGACAGGAAUGUAUUUAGAGGAGGAGUUAUCUACCGUAGUUUCAUGGCUAAAAAUGUGCCAAAUGACGUUUUCGUUUACAACGAAGCUAGGGGUAAUUUGUGCCGGUGUUCAAAUCAACAUGUAACAUAUCUAACAUUCUAUUACAUAUAUAGCAUGAAUAACAUUGUUCUAGAAAGAAGUAUAUUUUAUAAAGCUAUGCAAAGUACAUUACAAACAUUCUGAAAUUUUAAACCUACAUGUUUUAGAACCAAUAGUAUAUGCUAACAUAGAUGAAUAUUUCCCCAAUGCACCUAGAGAUACAAUUCAUAGACUAGUCUAUUAGUAGUCGUCAGAAAUUUGUAAUUUUUAUGGUAAAAUAUCUUGAUAGCAUACAUAAUUGUUUUUAAUGUAGCAAAUCGUACAUUAUAGUGGAGAAUUUAUGACCACCUCACAUCGUCAAUUUAGAUGUUACGAUAUGAAUAAAGGAAUGGAUCCAUUUUACUUUGUGGGAAAUGUUAAAAAGUAAAAGAUACUGUAACAGUUUUUAACUCUCAGUGACACUAUAUCGACAUUUCAAUGAAGUCCAAUAGUACAGAUUUUAUCAAGAGGACAUUCUAUUCAUUAUUUGUCACUAGUAUAUCGUAGACAUUCGGUUUUCAAUGUUAUAUGUCACUAUAAUAAAUCUUAAGCACAAUAUGUGUACAUUGUACCUUGAAAUAUAUUUUGUUAAGGUAUUUGACAUCUACAUUUCUACAAGAUUUCUGAGUACGUUAGAACGAUUUCAAUUAAAGUUUGUGAACAUCCUGCUGCACCGA